AGAUAACUCCCCAUGUAGUUCUGGGGGCUGGACUGGAACCAGACAUCAUGGGACAGCUGUACAUCCAAGAUUAGAAACCAGGAUCCACACAUCCAGGCCAUCGACUCAGGCUCCUCCCACAGCAACCUGUGCCCAGUGAUCUGGAGUUACAUUGUUACCAUGUGCAUCUGCCUCUUAUAGGCCCACUGUAUGUCUAUCAGCUCCACAAGGCUAGUGAGGCUGAAGAGGGAGGCUUUGUCCUCCUGGCACAGAAAACACUUUGGGACCUGUGCAAGGGUUUCUGUGUCCAGAGUCAUCCCCUUUCAUUGGGAUCCUGACCCUUCCCUUUCACUUGGCAUUUCCUUUUCUCAUCACCCUUUCCCUACCCUUGGCAGGGACUCCAGCAGGUUCCUGUGUCUUCCUAUUCAGAGCUCUAGCCUAGCUUGGCCCCUGGAUCCUGACCAUCCAUGCUUAUUCCUAUUCUAUUUUAUUUCAUAGACCCAGAUAAGGCCUGGUUUAGGCAUAAUGCAAAGGGCAAGACUGGCAGACAGUGGUUACAUGUAUGUAUGUCCAGAGGU